GCACUAACAAUAACACACGUGCAGACGAAACGAAAACUGAUAAGCGCGCGCGGUGAAAUUGAAGUUGUUUUAAACGUUAUUUACUUCUUAAUUGGUGGUAAUCCAAUUUGUACAACAACAUAGAACACCUCCUCUAUGGACAGCACAUUAAUUUGCGUCAUCGGUAGCAGCGUGGAACUUGCCGACCAAUCAGAGAGACUUGCAGCAUGUCGUCAUCAGCGUACGCGUUUCCCGAUACCCACUUCCCAAGCCAAACUCUUCCAAACAGACAAACACAGCUACCCGAUGGGUACGGAUGCUACCAUGCCGCCGACUUAGACACAGACAACAGACAAGGAAUGCAAGGAGAGCUGAGGUUUAGAUUCCAGUAUCGCCAUGGCAACGAGGGAAUGACAUUGGUAGCAAAUGAACCCACCCUGCCGCUCCUGCAACCACAGGAAUGUUGCCAGAUUCCCCUUCCUGGCAUGCAAGACCUGACAAGAGUGUCUACAAUUUAUAAUACUAGACAGAUCCAAGACAGGGCAGUUGACCAGGCUUACUAUUUCUAUGAGAACUUUCCAGAUUUGGUGUGGGGUUCUGCUCUGGAUUUCCUGAAAGAUUCUUACAUCGAUUAUGAACCCAGAAAAAGACGCAAGUCUAAAAAACGCAGAGUUGACGACGCCACCAGAAAUCUGUUUGAAGUGAGAACGGAAGAUAAACUUUCCCAACUGCAUGAGAUGCUGGAGCCUGUAUUAUAUGACAUCAAUCCUAAUAUGCUGCUCAGAUUACUCAAAGAAGACGUCAACGAAAACAUCCACAAAUUGUAUGUGGAUCAAGAUUUCUACGGUGGAUGUCUUGCCUACCAGUCGCUGCCAGCGUCCUCUGUACAUGAAGGGUUGAUAUUCUAUCCUACUGGUCCGACGUUAGAAGUACUGAACAUACGAACUGUACCGCAUCAAGGUGUGCCAAUAUACUCAAUGAAAUCUUCUCCCUGUCGUCAGUUUAAGUUGGUAUCGCCUCUGAGACAGAUAGAAACCGUCAGCGUGCCGUACAGAGGUGCUGUUGUCGCUGGCUUACGGAGCGAUUACUACUUUUGCCUCAUGAAAGUCACAACUACUAAAAACAAGAUCAAAGCACGGGUCUCCAACUUCAUUCACAGCCAGCAGAAAAUCGCAUCAGUUGCUGUCAGCCCAUUUAUACACGGAGAGUGUCUACUCGGGCUAGAUACAGGUGCCAUCCAACUCGUCAGCCCUGAGAAAGGGUUAACAUGUGUCCGAGCCAUGCCAGCACUUGAGGAGCAGUCUACUUGUAGAUGUCAUUAUGGUGGCCAUCCACGAUGUAUCGUAGUUCAACAGAAGAAACAUAUUGACUUAGUAGACUUUCGGGCUCCAGAAGAUAGUGGCAGUUCUUGUCUUUUAUCCAUCCCAUCUGAGAAUCUGCCUGAACACCAGGAGGUCUUUGUUGCUAAGCAACACCCUAGCAACCACUUUUACCACUUGGUAGCAACACAGGACUUGUUGCUACUUUUAGAUGAGAGAUAUCCAAAGUAUAACGUUCUACAGUGGUGUCAUAUGUUGAAUGCGCCUCCUAAUUUCAUGGAUAUUAUUCCUCAAGCUGUGACCUCAGAUGACCUUACAAGUGACCCGACCUCAAAUGACCUGACCUCAGAUCUUAUUGUUCUUGCCAGUCAGUGCUCGAGAGAAGUUCAUUGCUUUCAAUGCAGUGAGUUGAAUGGAUGUACCCCAGUGUCGACUUCCCAGCCCUGGAAAAUAGCGAGCACAGAUGGAUGGUUCGACAUGCUACCAGAAUACCCACCAGUCGACCUUGACCCAGUGAGGUCACGACUUGAGAGGCCUCUGAUUGGUGUGAGUGGCGCGAAGAGGACCUCCUGUGCCGGAUGUGAACCUGGAGUCACUGUAUUUCAGUUGAGCACAGCCGGAGAUCUGUUCUUCCAAACCUACUCCCAGAAAUCCUGUACUGAUGACAGACAAGACAAGACGUUAUCCCGCGGGCCGGGGUGUCCCAACGUCCAGCUCGGCCAAGAGUCAUUGACUAACUGCAAGGCAUGGAUAGAGGGCGUGCUUCGUCAGUCUGUACAGGAGCCUGAGCCGUUGGGUUUCAAGACGGUUGACAGAGAGAUUGCAAGAAAUGUUUUCAAAUCCAUGACAUUUCCUGAAGCUAUUCCAAGCAAAGACUGUACACUCUGCAAAACACCCGAGUCCUGGCCACUAGAUGACCAGUCCACUGACCGUUCACAGCCCACUGAUCGCUCCCUGCCCUGCCCAGCCUGUGGGGUCGAGAUAGUGGAUAGCGCAGAGUUUCAGGACUGCUUGGAAGCCGGAGAGAAGAUCAUCUUCAGAAGGAGAGGGAUCGAUGAGGAGGGAGAGGAGGCGGUGCUGCCUGGGAAGAUCGACCCUAAGAUGUAUCCCGAUGAGAUGAGCAAGACCUUGCAUCGGUUAUGGCUCCGUGGAUACGACGGUGAUGAUGAUGAUGAUGAUGAUAGUGACAAGGAUGUAAACCAGGAAGCAGACGUUGUCCCCAAGCACCCUCACAGAACACACCAACCCUCAAAAACAUCGCAAGUCUCCGCCCCUAAACGACAGAAAUCUGCAGAUGCUACAUCCCAGGAUGCACCCGACGGACGUACUGCAGCUAGCCAAAGCCUGGACACGACUGACCAGCAGAGGGCAGCAGACUUGCAGAGAAUACGCAGCGCUAGGCUGUCAAAGUUGAACUGGAAGGUCAAAUUUAAGAGAGGCGCUAUGGGUUUUUAAGUUUCAAGUUUCAUUGGAAAUUUUAUUUCAAAGUGAACAACACAGAAAGCAAUACAACAAUUCAAAUUUCAAUUUCGUUUCUCAUUUGGCAAAUAUUACAAAUUUAAUUAAAUUAUUUAAUUAAAACUGUUUUCAUUUAAAGGAAUUGUCAGGGAAAGAGUGA